AUGGCGGAGCCAACAAGUCAGACGACGAUCAGCCCGCACACGCAGCAGCCGCUUGUAACGCGGACGUACCCCUCGCAGUCUGAGCUCGACGCCGCCAUCCGCAAGUCUUCCGAGGCGCAGAAGAAAUGGCGGCUCGUGCCCCUCGAGGAAAGGAUAAAGAUUGGGGAGAGGUUUAUGGAUGAAUUCAAGACGAUGAGCGAGGAGAUACCGCUCGAGUUGACGCAGCAGAUGGGCAGGCCAGUCAGCCAAUGUGCGGGCGAGAUCCGAGGCCUCCUUGACCGCGCUGCAUACAUGCUCUCCAUCGCACCGUCUUCCCUCGGCGACGUCUCCCUCGCGGACACCGACAAGCCCGGCUUCAGGCGCUUCAUCCGCCGCACCCCCUUGGGCGUUGUCCUCGUAAUCGCACCAUGGAACUACCCCUACCUCGUCUCCAUCAACUCCGUCCUGCCCGCCCUGGUCGCCGGCAACUCCGUGCUGCUCAAACCCUCGCCCCAGACGCCGCUCACCGCCGAGCGCUUUGCCCUCGCGCUGACCCGCGCCGGCGUCCCCGCCGAUGUCAUCCAGGUCCUGCACCUGUCCCCCAGCCUUACCACGUACGCCGUGCAGCACCCACUCGUGGACUUUGUGUCCUUUACGGGGAGCGUCGUGGGUGGGCACGCGGUCGAGAGGGCGGCAGUCGCUGCGGAGGGGUUCAAGGGCGUCGCGCUGGAGUUGGGUGGGAAGGACCCGGCAUACGUGAGGGCCGACGCCGACUUGGAUUAUACCGUACCCGAAGUCGUCGAUGGUGCUUUCUUCAACUCGGGCCAGAGUUGCUGCGCAAUCGAGCGCGUAUACGUCCACGAAUCCAUCUACGACGACUUUGUCUCUCGUGCUGUCGACCUCGUCAAGAAAUACAAGCUCGGCGACCCGACGCACCCCGAGACGAACCUUGGUCCCGUCGUGAGCGUCGCAAGCGCGGAGAAGAUCAGGGCACAAGUUGCCGAUGCCGUGAAAGCGGGCGCGAAGGCGCUCAUCCCUGAAGACCUAUUCCCCGCCGCGAAGCCAGGGACGGCGUUCGUCGCAGCGCAAGUGCUUGUCAAUGUCGACCAUAGUAUGAGCGUGAUGACAGAAGAAACCUUCGGCCCCGUCCUGGGUAUCCAAAAGGUCUCCUCGGACGCGGAAGCGAUCGCACUGAUGAACGACUCGCGCUACGGGCUCACUGCCUCCGUCUGGACCAACGCCGCCGCGAACCCGGACUCGGAAAAGGCAUUCCUGGAUAUCGUCGACAAGCUCGAGACGGGCACAGUUUUCCUCAACCGGGCUGAUUACCUGGACCCUGCACUCGCGUGGACAGGCGUAAAGGACAGCGGGCGGGGCAUCAGUCUGAGCAAAUACGGAUACGACCAGCUCACGAGGGCCAAGUCGGUCCACAUGAAGAUUGUAACUUAA